AUGGGUAUUGUGGAGAAGAUUCAAGAGGUGGAGCGAGAAAUCAGUCGUACUCAAAAGAACAAGGCUACAGAGUACCAUUUGGGUUUGCUCAAGGCUAAAUUGGCCAAAUACAGGCAACAGUUACUAGAACCGACUGGUAAAAGUGGAGCAAAAGGAGAAGGUUUCGAUGUUAUGAAAAGUGGCGAUGCUCGUGUCGCCAUGGUGGGUUUAAUAUAAUGCAAGCGAGGUUUUACUUUUAGUUAACAUUUUUAGUAUUUUAUAGUUAAAUUUCAAAUUUCAGGUCGGAUUUCCGUCUGUUGGUAAAUCAACAUUUCUCUCGACAAUGACAAAGACUGAGAGUGUAGCAGCUGCCUACGAGUUCACAACUCUUACAUGCAUUCCCGGAGUAAUCGAGUAUGAAGGAGCGAAAGUGCAGUUGCUUGAUUUGCCUGGAAUUAUCGAAGGAGCUUCUCAAGGUAAAGGUCGAGGUAGACAAGUUAUUGCUGUCGCGAAGACUGCUGAUCUGAUCUUGAUGAUGUUGGAUGCGACUAAAGGAGAUCAUCAAGUAAGUAGUUUUUUAUAGUUUUGACAAUUUAGAUUCUUUACAAUGUAAUCUAAAUAAUUGUUUAGAGAAGACUACUAGAAGCUGAACUGGAAGAAGUUGGCAUUAGGUUAAACAGAAGAAAGCCUGGAAUCUAUUUGAAACGGAAGCCUGGAGGAGGUAUUAAGUUUACUCAUACGGCUAUUUUGACACACUGUGACGAGAAGAUGGUCAUCAAUAUUUUACACGAGUAUAAGAUUUUUAAUGCCGACGUUGUGUUCAGGGAAGAUGCGACGUAAGAUUCAAUCUUUUGUCUAAAAUUUAGGUAAUAUAAUUAUUGUUACUUUGCAAAACAAAUAACAAUUUAUAUUUUGUAGUGUUGACGAGUUUAUUGACGUGAUCCAAGGCAACCGGGUGUACCUAAAGUGUUUGUACGUCUACAACAAGAUCGAUCAAAUUACAAUUGACGAUUUGGACAGAAUCGCGAGACAACCUCACAGUGUUGUAAUAUCCUGUGAGAUGAACUUGAAUAUGGAUUAUAUGUUGAAGAAGCUGUGGUCGUACCUUGAUUUGAUUCGUGUGUAUACGAAAAAGCCAGGAAAUGCCCCAGAUCUUGGUAUGUUAAAGUCUAACUACAACUUUUUAUUUGAAUUGAUUGUUGUUAUGAUAUUUACAAAUAUUUUUUUCAAUUGAGUUAUUACAAAUGAAAUUUUCAGGUUCUGGUGACGGUAUAAUCUUAAGGUCGGGAGCUACCAUUGAGCACUGUUGUCACGCUUUACAUCGUACUUUGGCUGCUCAAUUUAAGUAUGCGAUCGUGUGGGGUACGAGUACAAAGUUUUCUCCACAAAGAGUUGGCAUAAAGCACAAGCUGCAUCACGAAGAUGUUGUUCAGAUCAUGAAGAAAUAA